AUGUUUAAACGAGCAGAGGAGUUGGCCAACAUGUGUAUCGAGGAGAAGGAUUCCAACGCCGGCACUGAGGUUGUGACUGAUCAGUUCUCUCUUGGACCAUCUCCUCACUCCUGUAGACCAAGCGAUCUCGUCAUUAGGGAGCCCCAACCAGAUGACCAGCGCAAACCUGCUAUUCCCACACAGACUGGGAAGGGGAAAGCCAUCCAGCCCGAGAGGGACUUGAGCUCAUCAUCCGACGACGAGGAAGACUUCCUCAACCAAAUCCUUAACUCAGAUUCAGAGAUGUUCAGGCAUUACAACGCCCCUCCUGCCCCAAAGAGGAAGUCCGGAGAAGGGAGUGGCUCCACCCCUCUGAGCAAAGUCUUGAGGACAAUACCGCCCAGCCUAGGGAGACAACCCGAGGGGUCAGUUGCACUCCCGCAGCUGACCCCUUCCUCACUUCCUCCUUCAGUGAGCCUAACCCCCACUCAUCCAAACGGCCUGAGUGAGGCACUUCGCACUGCUGGUACUACUGGGAAGGAUGUGGUUGAUCAGACCCUUCAUGACGCUUCAACGAUUCAAAGCUUUGAAUCCUUCCCUCGACUUAGCGUUGAUGUAGUCUUACAGAGAGAGCUUGCUCAGUUGGCGAAUACGCUCAUCACCAUCAGUCAUGCUCAACACCGAGCAGUAGACUACCAAGAGUUGAUCAAGGUCUUAAAUGAUCAACUAGUGGAGGCCCAAGCUAAGGUGGAUAAUCUGACUUCUUCAGAAAAGGAUCUUCAAUCCAAGUUUGAGCGGUCAGAGAAGACUGUGGCUGAGCAAGAGGAGUCUCUUAGGAGUUUGGCUGAUGGGAAUGAUAAACUAACCCAAACCAACAAGUCACUGACUGAUCGGUUAGACAAACUGACUUGUGAGAACGAGGGGUUGGCUCGCGAGAACGAGGGACUGAUUCGCGAGAUUGAGGAGCUAAGGCAGGAGAAAGAAGCCGAUCUUACUCGCUACGAGGAGAUCUGCUUCAACUGCUUUUAUCAGGUGUGGAAGCUAAACAAGCCUCUCAACCUCGACUUUCUCACGGAGGAGGUUAAGGCAGAGGAGCUUGCUAAAUGUGAGGCCAGGGCUGCCGAGGAAGCAGCUAAUCCUGCCGACACUACAUCUGCUUCCCCCACGCUAUCAUUCCGACCGGAAGGAGUAGUUGAUGCUGAGGAAGGGGUUGACCAACCUGCCAGAGCCGACCAGUGACCUCUCAUCCGACCAGAGAAGCCUUCGCCCGACCAGACAAGUUGUCAUCCUACCAGCUCUCUAUCAUACUUUUGUUUUGUAUUUUGUUAUAUACUCUUGCUCGUAUGAUCAAGCCGUUGGCAUUUGUACUUUACUUUUUCUUUUUUGGCUAACUUGAAACAUUUAAGUCUUUUUAUACUUAAACAUUACAAGUUUAUUUUGAAUAGCAAAGUCACUCUGAUGUAUGCCU